AAAACCGCAACAACAAAACAGUGUGUUUCUGUGGAGUGUGUGCCGUGUGUGCACUCAAUAUACCCUGGUGUGUGCAUUGUAUGUUGUUGUGGGCCUUGGGGUGGUUCUGCUAGUAAUUUCAGUAAUUUGAUUAGCAAAUCUGCUGCCAAACAUUGCACCCAUGUUUGAACAUGACAGCCUCAUUCUGGAUGAAGAUAAGAUGGGGAUGACGCUCACCACGGGAAGCGUCACCCUAUCCAAAGAUGAGAAGAACCUGAUAGGAAUCAGCAUUGGCGGCGGUGCCCCGCUCUGCCCCUGUCUCUACGUCGUACAGGUAUUUGACAACACCCCGGCGGGCCGGGACGGAACACUCCAGUCGGGAGAUGAAAUCGUCAAGGUGGACAGCACCUCUGUCAAAGGCAGGACCAAAGUCGAGGUCGCUAAGCUCAUACAGUCUGGAACGGGUGACGUCACCAUCACAUACAACAAGCUGCACGCCGACCCACGCCAGGGCAGAACACUGGACAUUGUGCUAAAGAGCGUCAAACACAGACUGGUGGAGAAGAUGAGCGCUAGCACGGCGGACGCGCUCGGACUCUCCCGGGCUAUUCUGUGUAACGAUUCGCUGGUAAAACGUCUGGAGGAGCUGGAAAGGACGGAAAACAUGUACCACGGCGUGGUGGAGCACCUGAAGAAGGUGCUCAAGGCCUUCUUUGAGCUCAGUCGCGUCCACAAAGCGUUCGGUGACACUUUCUCCGUGAUCGGUGCUCGGGAGCCCCAGCCGCGGGCCAGCGAGGUGUUCACCAGUUUCGGGGACGCCCACCGCACGAUGGAAAAGAACGGCGUCAGGCUGCUGAGGACUCUCAAACCGAUUCUGUCCGAUCUGGGAACGUAUCUACACAAAGCGAUCCCAGACACCAAACUGACCAUCAAAAAGUACCUGGACGUUAAGUUUGAGUACCUCAGCUACUGCCUCAAAGUCAAGGAGAUGGAUGAUGAAGAGUACAGCUACGCCGCUCUCCAGGAGCCCCUGUACAGACUGGAAACGGGGAACUACGAGUACCGACUGAUACUGCGCUGCCGACAGCAAGGACGAGCCAGAUUCGCGCGCCUUCGGUCGGACGUGCUGGUGAAGUUGGAGCUUCUGGACCAGAAACACGUACAGGAUAUCGUGUUCCAACUGCAGCGUCUUAUCACCGGUCUGGCGAGAUAUCACCAGCAGUGUUACGACUUGAUGAAGGAGCACCAGUACUUCCCCAUAGAGGUGGACCUCUCCCAGUCCGCGUUCCAGUACGGAGAGUACGCGUUCCAACAGGACGGCGUAGACGAAGAGGAACCCGAGGAGGUGGGUCAAGACCUACUCGAUCUGGCUCGACAGGAGACCCCCUCUGGUGACCUGCUGACUGACCUCACCCCAGCUCCGGCGCCGCCGCCUCUCAGCCACAAGGAUAUCUUCAACUCGUUCUAGUCGAGCAUUCGGAAAGGCUACCCGGGCUGCUUAUGUGAAAAUUCGACUGAUGGGACUCGAAACUUAAUGGUCUAUGUCGUAAUCGCUAGUCAUUUUGUUCUACGUGUUUUGGGCGAAGCGGACUUUGGUGGAGGAUGAAGAAAAUCCGUAGUGACUGGAACGUUGAAGUCUGUUAUGUAUUGCAGCUCCUAUGCGAAAGUUAAACAGAAUGCUAUCGGAAUGAGUCGUAUUUAUGACGCAUAUUUUCAUUAUGAACUGACCCUAUGAAUGUUUGUGGACCUUACAGAUAAGGUUCCUCACGACCGCGACUAUUCUGCUU